GGAACAGCGUAAAUAUCCGAGGUUUAUCGAGGAGAUUGUUUACAAAUGGCGACGGACAUUGGAUAGCGUUAGUCUCCUCAGCGUUUGGAAGAAAAUGGCAUCACAAGUAGAGAUUCCUGGUGUCAAUAAUGCAGUCGAGCAUUUGCAGGAGCUAGGUGAUCGGAUGAGACAUGACUUUGGUUUCAGUGAAACAGAUGUCGGUAAUAUAGAUCAAGUUAUUGAAGCUCUCAGGGAGUUGGAGAUACUACGUUCUGAAGCCCAUGACAGAUUAGAGGCGGAGACUAUCCGAGCCAGUAUACAGAGGCACAGGCUUCAGUUCCUGCCAGGACAGAUCACACAGGAAAUAACAGAUGCUAUUAAUUCUGCCAAGAAAUCUAACGCUGAUGCUAUAGUUUACCUGAAGAAACAGUUAGAAAAUGUCAACAAAAACAUUGUAUACCUGGAGGGCUACCAGAAACAACUAGAUGAAGAAAAUGCUCAACUUCACCCAGAGAGAGAACAGGUGAGACAGCAACAUGAGGAGAUUAUCUCACAGCUCAACCAGAGAAUGGCUGAGAAAGCCAGUAUGCAGAUACAACUGAAUGAAACCAGGGACAAAGUGAGACAGACAAAUCAAGACAUUGUAGAUUUAGAAGAUGGUAUACUCCAACUGAAGGAAGAUCUCAUACAAGAGAGAGGGGAAGCCAGAUCAGAGAAAAGACAACUGAAAAAAGCUGUAGCAAGCACCACAGAAAAAACAAAGGAACAGAAACUGGUUAAUGUGGAAAAGAAAAAGGAUUUGGAUGUUUUACAUGAAAAGCAGGUAGAUAGUGAAGGAAAACUGGAUGCUUUAAGAAAGAGUUUACGUAGAUAUGAAACAUCCAAAGCAAAGCUUGAAGGUCAGGAAAGAGCUCUUACUGCACAAUUACAGAAACAACUCAAACAAAAUGAAGAACUUAGACAAAAAGGAGCAGCUAUUUUAGCUGAAGAUGCUAAGACAGAGAAGGAAUUUGAAGAGAAUAAAAUGCAACUAACAAAUAAACUCCAACGGAUGGAAAAUGAGAUUGUACAUGAGGAAGAAAAAUAUUACGAACUUGAUCUACAAAGAGAAGGUCUAGCGGAAGAGUUGGAAGGGAAAAUGAAGAUCAGGAUGGACGAUGCUGAAAGGGUAGCAGACCUUGAUUCUCAAUUACAAGCAGAUAAGCGUAACUUGUCAUCCAAGGCAGAGGAGGUUGGUGAAAUGCAAGGACAGAAUACAAAAAUGUUAGAGGAUAUAGAAACACUUGGAGAAACUCAUAAGGCAAUGGAGACUGAGUUAAGGCAUAGAGCUGGCAUUCGUACACCGUCACCGCCAGGUUUAACGGAAGAACAAAAAGCUGCGUUGGAGCUUAUGGAUGAGGAAGAGAGGGCGGCAGUGAUGGCACAACUGAACAAACAGGUUGAAGAAUACAGGGAACAGCUGGCUAGAGAAAGAAAAGAAAGACUUGAUGUUCAACAGAAAAAGAACUCGGUAUCGAAAGAACUGGAGGAUUACAAGACAGACAAUCAAAGAUUUAUGCAGGAAAUGAAUACUACUAUCACACAGGGAAAGCAAGAUCAUAUUGCUCUCUCAAAUGAGAUGAGAACCCUGCAUGAGUUAGAAGAAGUGGAAGAGGAAAGCGAAGCUACUAGCUCUGAAUAUGAUGAACUUGAAGCAGGGGGGGCCCAGUUACAGCGUGAAUUGCGUGCAGAUGAUGACGAGAUUAAAGACUUAGAAGAAAAGUUGGAGCAAGAACAGGAAAAAUAUCAGAAGUCUUUUACUAAACGACAAAAUGAAGUUGAUACAAUGGAGAGAGAGGUAAUAGAAAUGGAGAACAAUAUAGCAGAAAAAACACAGAAAAUUCAAGAUGUAACCCCUGCAUUUGAUGAUCUUGAGAAACGGUUUGAGGAGCGAACACAGGCCUAUGAUACACAGAAGAAAAGCAUAGUUGAACUGAAGACUAAAAAGUCUCAGCAGGAGGAAAAACUGAAGAAAUUGAAGGAGAAGAAAGAAAGAAUGACAGGACCCCAGGAUAAGUUGAGACAUGACCUGAAACAGAAACGCCAUGAGAUCAUAUUCCAGUUGAAGCAUCACGGUGAGGAGACCAAGAAAAUUGAGUCAGAGAUAUAUGUUGGAGGCUGUAAACUGAAGACUGUUCUUGAUGAAAAUCAUAAAUUAGAGGAGGGGUGUAAACAGUUCACAGAGGAAAUAGAUGAUAUACAGUACCAGAUGGAGUAUAACGAGAAAUUGAAGGCAAAACUGCUUGAAGAACUUCUAAAUACCAAAGAAAUUUUGGGGAAAACCUGGCAGGAAGAUCAUGAUACCCAGCAGAAAUUCACAGAUCGAGACCAGUGUGUAGUGGAUGAAUUUGGUAACCUCCUCGACCGGACAUCAAAGCGAGAACAGAAGAUUUCCGGUAUAACGAGUCAGCUAGAGGUGGAGUUAGGCUACCUGACCUCAUUCCUGGACAACCUUGCCAGCAGGAGACCAAAAGACUCAUACUUGAGUCAGUGUCGCACUCCGCCUCCAGGAACCCCUAGAACUGGGAAAAAACCAUUGAGUUUCAGACUCACGAGGAAGCAGUCGACUUUCGAGUCGGGAAGGUCGUCUCAGCCGACUAAGCACAAGAAGUCAAACCUUGUUGGAGAUGGUAGCGGAGGCAAAUCAAGCAGAGAGUCAUAAAUCAUCAAGACCUGCAACAUCUAAGAGCGCUAGAAGUGCAAAAAGUGUUGUCAUUUCUGAGGAAGUCACAGAAAUACAAACUAAACCAAAUAUGGUCACAAAAUCUUUAACAAAGUUAUCUUAACAGCGAUAUAUAUGAAAUCUGUUAGAAUAGCUCUCCUGCUUACUGAGAAAAUAACAUUUUUUAUCUCGCUUAGAUGUAAAUUUUAAAAUUUCAGACUAUUAAACGUAUUCAAAUGAAGCACUUCUUAUGACUCACAAAUUGUUUAAAAAUUAAGCACCUUUGCCUUGCAUUUAUGUGUCUGUGAUAGUUUUAUUUAUGUAAAAUAAAUUUUCUGAAUAAAUUGAUUUCUACUUGUUUCACUUUGAAAA